AUGCUGGCCGGAGCAUACCGGCAUCCCUUCACACCAAACAUCAUGCAAUCCGCACUUCUUGAUAAUUGGAAGUCCCUGCCACUUGAUAAAUACGAUGGUACCACCAACCCAGAUGAACACGUGAAUGUGUUUUUAACGCAGGUUACUCUGAUUACCACUAACGACACUGCCUUGUGCCGAAUCUUCCCAACAUCAUUAAAAGGGCGAGCGCUGAGCUGGUUUACUCGGCUUCCUGCUAAUUCGAUCGACACAUUCAUCAUGUUAGCCUCCCAAUUCACCAUCCAAUUUGCUACAAGCCGACCACACCAGCUGACCUCCUUGGCACUAGUUAGCAUCCGUCAGGAAAAGAAGGAAUCCCUUCGGGCUUUCAUGAGCCGAUUCAAUAAAGCGGCGUUGGAAAUCCGAGACCUUAACCCGGCUGUCGCCCUACACCACCUGACCACUGCCUUAAAGCCAGGUCCCUUUGCCAACAACAUCUGUAAGAAGCCACCAACCAACAUGGAUGACCUCCGGCGACGAGCUGAUAAAUACAUGCAGAUGGAGGAAUUAGCUGAGUUCCGCAACCAAGCUAGAGCAGAAGUAACAACCAAGCUCGAAAAGUCUGUUGAAAACAAUUUUCGGAGCCGUCCGAAAGAACUCGCACCCUGGGAAAGACCCCCUCGGGGCCUGAAGUAUUCCCAAUAUACACCACUCAACACUAGCCGGUCAGCAAUACUGGAGCAAGCACUUGCUUCAGAAGUACUGGCCGUUCCAAAACGAGCGUCGACCCCUCCCCGGGCCGAUACGACCAAAUAUUGUCGGUAUCACCGCAAUCACGGAUAUUCAAUUGACGAAUGUUCGGCCUUGAAGGAUAAAAUUGAAGAUUUAAUCAAGCAGGGACAAUUGCAAGGCUUCGUGGAUCGUCCGAACCGUCCGAGGAACACUGACCGGUCGCGACGACAUGAUCAACCCGAACAACGGAGGACAGAAGCACGUUCAUAUAGAGAACGCAGUCGGUCAAGAGAUCGAAGAGAGGAAGAGCCUUCGGCACAACCUCGGCGAGUCAUCAACACGAUAACAGGAGGAUUUGCUGGCGGAGGCUCAUCCUCAUCAGCCCAACGCAGACCCUUGCGCGCUGUUCGGACGAUAGCAGGAGGAUUCCCUACCCACUAUCACUUUCACCAAGGACGACUUCAAAGGCAUCGAUCCGGACCAGGAUGA